AAAAGGGCGUAUCGCCGCGCGUUAACGAAUACACAACUUUGGAAACGAUUUUUUUUUUGGUGCGCGAGCGGGAAUCGGUGUUGCGGGUAGAUUGUCGUUCCGUGGUGCACGCGCGGUCAUGGUGCCCCGGCGGACGCAGGACGCGUGCCGGAGUUGAAAACUUCUCGGGCGCUCGUGUUGCUUUGGGCGUGUGUUUUUUGAAUUUCUUUGACAGUUGACAGUUGGGGGCAGUGUUUGGCCCUUUGCAAAAGUGUGGCAGUUAUUUUACGUAACCAAAUCGAUAGAUGAGUGACGUCACAAGCUGUCAAAGGCUCUCUCGGGUUCCACGGCCUAAUUUUUUCCUUUAUUCCGCGAUGAGUUUGUCGCAAAAUUGAACUUUCGGGACGAAAUAUUGAGGAAAACGCCGCUAGCGAGCGGUGAAAGUGUGCGGAACCUGCUAGGGAAGACUGGAAGCGCGUCGGUGCGCCGGAAAGUGCGGCGAAAGUUUUGCUGGAAGCCACGUCUGGCCAUUUCUGACGUUUAGAUAACCUAUAUUUUGUGUGGCGAGACUUUUUUUUUUUAUUUUCCCGUCGACUCGUCCAAGAAGGCACUGCUUUCUUGCUCUUGUGUGGUGCGUGGCCGAAAAAAUCGUGCCGGAGGAACACGCUAAUUACGGUUUGCGGACCAAUGCAAUGCGGACAGUUCCGGUAGACAUGCAGCAGCAGCAGCAUUGCUCGAGCACGGAAUAUUAAGCAAGCGGACCGCGCGGCCAAUUAUGCUUGAGCAGCAGCUGGUGUGACGUGACGUCGACCGCGAGUUUGCCCCGGAACUGAGGGAAAAUUUGUCCGGCCGCCCACCGGCAGGAAGAUGCAGAGUGGAGGAGGACCGCUGCAACCGGGACCGCCCGUGAUGCGUGGGCUCGGGUCGGGAACACCGACGGCGUCCCAGCAGCAGCAGCAACAGCAGCAGCAGGUCGAGAUGCAAAAGAUGCAGGGCCAGCAACCUCCGUUGAUGAACCAGCAACAGCAGUAUCAACAGCAGCAACCAAACCUGUACCGGAAUCCUGGUGCGAACCAAUCGACACGCCCGACGCGUCCGAUUAUGACGCCGUACGGCCACACGGCGGCACCGUUCUUUGCCCCGUUUAUCCAGAUGCCGUACAGCCGGAUACCGGGCCAUCAGUGGAACUAUGGUUCGAUGCCGGGAAUGGCAUCGGCCUACCCGCCGCAGUACUACAUACAGUCGGCACCGAUUCUGGCCCAAGGCCAACACCAACAGACACGACGCAAUCCGGCUGGGGACAACAGCGGUCUCGUCAAUAUGCAGCAGGUUCCGUUGCCUCAGCCGCAGCCCCCGAACCAGCAAUCGUCGCCGAUGACCGUGUCGCACGAUUUGCUCGUAAUGCAACAGUUGCAGCAUCCCCAGCAGCAACAACCGCCCCAACAAACACCGCAACAGGUGACGGGCGGUGGCCAAGCGCCCAUGGAUCAACACCAGCCAAAUCCUGCUCAAGUCAGCGUCGGUGGCCCCCAACCGCCACCGAACGCACUCAUGUCUCAGAUUCAGCUCGCUUCACAUCUGGCCGCAACCGGAGCCGCUCCGGUGCCGCCCAAAGUUAACAAAAAGAAACAGCGCGGCUCCCAUGCCAUCCCGAUCAUCAAUCCGGACACACAGGAGGACGUACUGGACAAGAUUUUCAACGAUUCGGCCCCUCCAAGCUCCUCGUCAACGAUCGCAGCUUCUACACCGGGAACCGGAGCCCCCCAACAGCAACAACAGCAGCAGCAGCAGCAGCCACCCCCACAACAGCAGCCUCAACCUCCGCAAGCAGCUGCAACUCCGACCUACAACACUAUUCCUCCCAAUGCAACUCCGGAACUGAGCGGACCCCCGGCCGGCAUGGGACCGAUGCAUCAUCAACCGCCCCCACAUCUUCACCAUCCGCCUCCCCUGAAUCAUCCGCCGCCACACGUUCACCAACACGGACCGCCGCAGAUGCAGCAGAUGCAGAUGCCCCCACACGAUCACCGCGGAGGACCCCCGCAGGUCAACACCCAGCAGCAGCCACCUCCGCCGCACGAAAUCUCCUACCACGGAACGCUAAAGUACGUCACGCCGCCACCGCAUCUUCCGCACCAUCCAACACCCGCGGAAAUGACCGUCGGCGGAACGCCGGUCGUGUCUGCCAUCGCCGACGGACCCUCGGUAGAAAUCAAACCCUACCAGAACAAGAAGAAGAAGCCAACGAACGAGCACACUGACCAGCAUCAGCAGCAGCAGCAGAUUAAAUCUCUUCCAGCGUCCAGCAUGCACCACCAACAACAACACCAUCAUCCGCAGCAGCAGCACCAUCACCACAUGCAGCAGCACAAUCCUCCCCCGCCCCAGCAACAGCAGCAACAGCAACAACUUCCCCCCGCGAUCCUAAACGAAUCGGUGCCACCGCCCUCGCUAGUUUACAGCGCUGAGCGAUACCGCACCGUGUCGGAGAAAUCGAUCGCCGAGUCGACGCUCUCGACGGACGCGGAACCGUUCGUGUACACCGGUCCGAGCAGUGUCGUCGUCGCUGCGACCACCCCCACAAUCAGCAAUCCGCCUCAAGCGGCCCUCCCGGUGCGCAUCGAACCCGAGGUAGUGCCACCGCCAAUCGUGGCCGUUCCCGAGGUGGUUGCGGCAACGCCGCAGCAGGAAGUCCUUGUGGAGGAACCCAAAGUGACGCCCCAAAAGCAGCUGGACGCGUUGGUGGCCGGAGUGGAGAAACUGAGCGUGGAAGAGAACAAUAGCAGCAGCAGCAGCAUCGGUGCCGGAGCGAAUCAAGCCGGCGUCGGAGGUCACAACAGUGGUAACAAGAAGCAAAAGCAACACAAGAAGCGUGCUGACGAAGCGGCGGCGGCGGCAGCAGCAGCAGCAGCAUUUGCUAGUGAGACUAGCAAAGCUCCUCCUCUCCCCGCUGCUGCGAACGUAGUAAUAGAGCCGACGCCGACCGUGGCCGCCGCGGCCAUCGAUGAAACGGACCGAUCUGCGCCUGUCGAGGUCGUCGUCCCUCAGGGUUUGCAGUCGUCAGCGUCGUCGUCAUCGUUAAUUAGUAAUUUAGUGGAACAUAAUAAUAGUAAGUUAGAUAAUGAUAACAUAAUUAAUAAUAAUAAUGUGGAUUGCACCAGUACUAUGAUAACAACAACAACUACCGAUAAUACGACAGAUAACAACAACGCCGCCGCAGCGAUGGAGAAGAAGACUGCCGUCGCGGCGCCCGUCAAGCAGCAGCAGCAGCAGGAACAGCCGGUCGUGCCCGAGCCCGAGUCCGAGUUUGACGACAACAAGAACGUGGUAGUGGCGGCGACAACGACGGAAUCGACGCCACCCCCAACCGUCGCCGCCGAGACUGUCCCGGCAAAGGACACGACGGAGAUGGCACCACCGCCAAGCACCAAGCCAGCGGCCGCCGCAAUGAUCCCUGCCAAAAAGUCGCGCUCGCUCACCCUCAUCGAGUACGACGCGGACCAGUGGAGCCCGGACAACCCGUCCGGCAAGCGCAAGUACUCGCGCGACCAGCUGAUGCAGCUGAAGAAUGCGGCGCCGGCCCGCGAGAAGCCCGCGAAUCUGCCCAACAGCUUGGAGAACGUGCUGGUGCGUGGUCCGGGCCACGGAGGUGGUGGUGGCGGAGGUGGCCACGGAAUGGGCAUGGGCGGCGGAGGAGGUCAGUACGGAAAGAGCAACUUCUCCGAGAUGCUGAUGCCGGCGUUCAUCAAGGAUCGCAUGGGAGGCGGCGGUGGAGGUGGUGGAGGAGGAGGUGGCGGUGGCAACAUGGGUCAAAUGAGACAACAGUACAUGCCGAAGCGACCGUCCCAGCAGGGCAACAGCGGCCAGUCCGGCUCGCAGUCCAACAAACAGUCCCAGCAGGGCAUGAACAAGACCGGCUCGAAGAUCAUCCGACUCCAGCUGGACGAGGAGGUCAAGCUGAACGUGUGCGACAACGCGUGGCGUCCGAGGCACCUGCAGACGACCGUUCCCGAGGUGGACCCGGACUCGGGCCUCGAUCGAACCACCCAAGAACUGUUCAAAAAGUUCCGUUCCGUGCUGAACAAGCUGACGCCGGAUAACUUUGACAAGCUGGUGCAGCAGGUCAAGAACUUUGUCAUCGACACCGACGAGCGGUUGGACGGAUGCAUCAAGCUCGUCUUCGAGAAGGCCAUCUCGGAGCCAAACUUUUCCGAGGCCUAUGCCAAAAUGUGCAAGGAAAUAGGCAACAUUGCAAUCCUGGUGAGCAACGAGAAGCGGACCAGUUUCAAGGGUCGUCUGCUGGCCCAGUGUCAGUGUGAGUUUGAGCGACGCCGGAACGAUCAGACCAGUGCCAUCCGAGACAAUCGGACCAAGCUGGAAGCGAGCAAGGGCAUGGCCAAGGAGCAGUUCGAAGAGCUGAAGGCCCAACUGGAGGAGGACGAGCUGCGAGUCCGGAGGAGAGCCGUCGGUACGGUUCGAUUCAUCGGAGAGCUGUUCAAGCACGGCCAGCUCACGGCCAACAUUAUGCACAGCUGCAUUACGCUGCUCAUUGAGAAGGAAGUCAAAGACUACGACGAGGAAACGCUCGAGUGCCUCUGCAAACUGCUGACCACCAUCGGUUCCAAGAUGGAGAAGGAAAACAAUCAAGACUUGGGCGGCUAUUUCGACAAGAUGGGAGACAUUGUCAAGCACAGGGAUCAGUACAAGAUAAGCAGUCGGAUCCGGUUCAUGAUCCAGGACGUGAUCGAUCUGCGCCGAAACGGGUGGCAGCCACGACGUCAAGAUCUGAACCCGAAAACGAUGAACCAAAUCCAGAAGGAGGCGGAAACCGAACAGCUCCAGAUCAACAUGAACUACAUGAGCGGCGGCGGCAGAGAUCGUGGAGGUGGUGGCCGCGACGGAGACAUGGGCCGUGGUAAUCGCGGUGGCAGCAUGCAAGGCAACAAAAUGUCCGGCUCGAUGGGAUCCGGCUACAACCAAGGUUCGCUUGGCCGAGGCGGAAACCAAGGCUCGAUGAAGGGAGGUCGACCGCAGCAGGACGACGACGGAUUCCAGCACGUUGUGUCAAACAGUCGCAACAACCGGUCGACGCCGAUUGACCUGAAGAAGAUCAACAUCCCCGGAAGUGUCGACACGACCCGGCUGGGUGCGGCAUCCGCAUACCAGGGCUGGAAGAACAACAGCAACAUCUUUGCCGCGCUGAACAACGAAGAAUCGAGCCAAGGCGGUGGCGGCCAGGGCAACAUGAUGGAUCGUGACGGAGGUGACCGAGAUCGACGGAGUGACCGAGGCGGAGAUCGGAACCAAAGGGACCGCGACCGAAGCGGAAGUCACAACAAAAACUCCGGCGGCAAAGACUCGUACCAUCACCACAACAAGGGCUCGAUGGAACGGGACCGGUACAACCGGUACGGAAGCAGUAGCAGCCAGAACGAUGAUCGCAUGGCCAGCCGAUCGUCGCGGGAACCGUCGUCGGGCAGCAUGAGACCGAUGAGUGGUCAGCACAGCAGCAAUAGCCAAAUGCAUGAACGAGACCGAGACCGGAAUAUGGGACCGAAGAUGUCGUCCUCGUCCCAGCAGCAGCCACUCCCAGGCCGGUCAUCCCAGCAGCGACAUAUUCCACAAUCAGCACCGGCGCCACGAGGCGGACCAUCCGGAAGCACGACAAUGUCCAAGUCCGGCUCGGGCCAGAUGUACCAGCAGCAGCAACUGCCACAGUUUGCUAUACCAAAGGAUGCGGUGCGAAGAAACUUCCCCCAUCCGGACGCCAGCACCGACGAAAAGUUGAAAAAGUUCUCCAAGACGGUUCACCUGGAGAUGGACGCGACGGACAUUGUCGAGAGCGUCAAGAUGCUGGAGGAGAUCAACCCGGACUAUUACCAUGCGGCCAUCACCGAGCUGUUCAUGGACAACAUCGAGCGUGACGCGAAAUCCCGCGAGGCGGUCGUGAAGGUGAUUGCGCAGAUGUUUGAGCAGAAGAUCGUCGGCAAGGCCGAUUAUCUGCAUGCCCUCGAAGAGGUGUUCAAGCUAGCGGACGACCUGAUCAUCGAUCUACCUCAGCUGUACAAGUACAUUGCCACGUUCUACGUCAAGUUUCUGCACGGCCGGCAAAUCGACCUGGCCGACAUCCAGCACGUGGCCCAGCCCAUCCUGGCCAGCUACGGUGGCGUCAUGCUGCGGGAAGUGCUGCACCAGUACGAGGGCACGUACGGCCAAAGUGCCACCGUCAUGUUGUGGCUCAGCUCCUCGCUGAACUUUGCCGACUUUAUUCAGCUCGGCAGUGCCGAAAAGGUCGAACAAUACCUGCGAGACCACAAGCUGGACUAUCUGCUAAACUCGGGCAGCAACGCCCUCGACAUGCAGACCGUCGGAACACAAAUCAAACAAUUCCUGAAGAGUGGCGCCAAGUUUGUCGAAAUCUUCGGCUGGGUCGCCGAAUACGUCGGACCGGAGCGGGUCACCUCCGACGAGUUCAUCCGGACUCUCACCAAAGCCGUGAUAGAGCACUGUAUAGACAACAAAACGAAGCUGAACGUGCAGGAAAUCACCAAGUGGCACCAAAUCCUUCAAAAGUAUAUCGACAGCAAGCCGGAACGGGAACUGCAGGCGAUGUACGCGAUCCAGCGGUUGGUGGUGGAGCUGGAACAUCCGCAGAACCUGCUGCACACCAUCCUCGAGCAGCUGUACGACAAUGAUGUGAUAAUGGAAGGAUUCAGCCUCUGGAAGGACUCGCAGGAUCCGCUUGAAGCGGCCGGCAAGGGUGUGUGUCUCAAAGGAAUUACGCAGUUCAUGACCAUGUUCAUGGAGAACUCGAGCGAUGAGGAUAAUUAGCAGCGCUAAAAGUGUUUUCUUUUUUUUUUAAACAGAAAAAAAAUAAUCGCGUACAUAUUUGACUACACUGAAGAGAAAAAGAGAAAAAAGCGAAGCAACAAGAAGUGGAAGAAGAACAUUAUUAUAAUGAUCAUACUACUAAUAAAUAAUUGAUAAAAUAUAAUGAAUAAAACUAACGUUAAGAUCAACAUUUAUUUACAUACAUAUAUAUUUAUAAACUAUCAAAUAAAGUAUCUGGUGAACCACA